GCGGUGGUAGCGUCCGCCCGGGCGGGUUCAAUGGCCUGGACCGGACCACGGCUCGGGGUAGGGGGAGGAUGGUCCUGAUCCCUUGAGGUGGGAGACUCAGCGCCGUGACAGUGGGCAAGUCCCUGGGCCUCGGUGUCCACCGUACAACGGGCAUCCCCCCGGCUCCGGCUGCCCCUGAGACCAUCCGACGCUGGCUCCCCGUUGGGGUUACCAUCUUCGGCCUGGAGGCUUCGGACACUCCUCCCCCCAUCUCCUCCGGGCUGGACCUCGGGAUUACUCCUCGUUUGACUAAGCCUACAAAUAACAAAAAAGUGAUGCCGAGCCAGCCCCUGAGCCAAGAAGCCAGGGCCAUGGAGGGGGACGGGGACUCUGCCCCCGAGAUGAACGGGCUGGAGGAGGAGGCCAGCGAAGAUGAGCAGAGCAGUAGCCAGGCAGAGUCCGAGGGUGAGAGUUCAGAAAUGGAUGAGGAAGACUGUGAGCGCCGCCGGGUCGAGUGCCUUGGGGAGAUGUCGGAGCUGGAGAAGCAGUUCUCAGAGCUAAAGGAGAAGCUGUUCAAGGAGCGGCUGAGCCAGGUGCAUUUCCGGCUGGAGGAGGUCGGGGCAGAGCGUGCCCCUGAGUACACCGAGCCCCUUGGGGGACUUCAGCAGAGCCUCAAGAUUCGAAUUCAGGUGGCAGGUAUCUACAAGGGCUUCUGUCUGGAUGUGAUCAGGAAUAAGUAUGAAUGUGAGCUUCAGGGAGCCAGGCAGCACCUGGAGAGCGAGCGGCUGCUACUCUAUGAUGCCCUCCAGGGGGAGCUCCAGGAACAGAUUCAGCGACUAGAGGAGGACAGGCAGAGCAUGGACAUCAGCUCUGAGUGGUGGGAUGACAAGCUACACCCCAAAGGGAGAUCGCGGUCCUGGGAGUCCCUGCAGCCGGGCAAGAGGAAGAAGGCGCCCCUCGUCUCUGGCCCGUAUAUUGUCUACAUGCUGGAGGACGUGGACAUUCUAGAGGACUGGACGGCUAUUAAGAAGGCUAAGGUGGCCGUGUCCCCACAGAAGAGGAAACCUGAGGGCCCUGAAGGGCAGACAAGCUGCACCCAAGGCCUGAGCGGACACCUGGGGCUCCUGGACCGCCUCCUGGGCCCUGCAGCCACCAGAUGACUCCGUGGCCCGCACUCUGCCGCCCUUUCCUCCACUGUCUAGCCUCAUGACAGCCGGGAUGCCACCGGGCUUCAGAUGUGGGGCUGACCCAGGCGUCCUGGACGCCCAGAGCUGCUAGACUCUAAGAAUGUCCCUUUGCCCACCCCUCCCCCCCCAGGCCCAGGGCCGGCUGCCGGGGCAGGGCCGGGCCCUUGGAAGCUCCUUGAGAUGACAUCCGGGGAUUGAGAAGGGAGGAGCCCAGUCCUUCUGGGGUCCUGGGGAUCGGAAUCAUGGGAACAUAAUUAAAAUUAAAUAAUGAAAA